GGCGGAGUCGGGUUUCAGAGCGCGGGUGACUCAGGGGAGCCGCGAGGCCGCCCGCCCCGCUGCCCAGCGCCGCCUUUGUUCGCUGCAGGAAGGGCGAGCCGGGCGCACGGGGCCUUCGGGGGCGCGCGGGGCUGCGGGAUGGCGCCAAGGAGGGACGCGCGCUCCUGGCGCCUGCUGUGGCUGCUCUGGGUCUCCGCGCUUCUCCCCGCGCUCACCCGGACCCGCUCGGCGACAGAGUUGGCUUCCCAGGGCCCCCUGGACCUCACGGAGCUCAUCGGUGUCCCGCUGCCCUCAUCUGUGUCCUUUGUCACGGGCUAUGGUGGCUUCCCAGCCUACAGCUUCGGGCCUGGUGCCAACGUCGGCCGCCCAGCCAGGACCCUCAUCCCACCCACUUUCUUCAGGGACUUCGCCAUCAGCGUCACAGCGAAGCCCAGCAGUGCCAGCGGUGGGGUGCUCUUUGCUAUCACUGAUGCCUUCCAGAAGGUCAUCUACCUGGGCCUGCGGCUUUCGGGUGUGGAGGAUGGUGGCCAGCGGGUCAUCCUCUACUACACGGAGCCAGGCUCCCACGUGUCCCAUGAGGCUGCUGCCUUCCUGGUGCCUGUGAUGACCCACCGGUGGAACCGCUUUGCGGUGAUCGUCCAGGGCGAGGAGGUGACCCUCCUCAUGGACUGUGAAGAGCACAGCCACAUCUCCUUCCAGCGGUCCUCCCGGGCCUUGGCUUUCGAGCCCAGUGCAGGGAUCUUCGUGGGCAAUGCAGGAGCCACGGGGCUGGAGAGAUUCACCGGCUCCAUACAGCAGCUCACUAUCCACCCUGACCCCAGGACCCCCGAGGAGAUGUGUGAAGCUGAAGAAUCCUCGGCGUCAGGAGAGAGCAGCGGGCUUCAGGAGCCAGAGGGAGUAGCGGAGAUCUUAGAAGCUGUCACCUACACUCAAGCCCCGUCUAAAGAAGCAAAAGUUGAACCCAUAAACGCACCUCCAACUCCAUCCCCUCCUUCUGACGACACAGAACUUUCUGGUGAGCCCGUACCCGAGGGGACUGCGGAAACCGGCAACUUGAGUGUCAGCCUGCAUAGCAGCCCAGAGCAAGGGUCUGGUGAAGUCCUGAAUGACACACUGGAGGAAGUUCAUACUGUGGAUGGUGUCCCCAUUACAGAUGUUGGCUCAGGGGAUGGGGCCUUCAUUCAUGUCACUGAGGAGGCUGUGCAUACUGAAGAAGGUUUGGCAGCCACAGCGGCCACCGGGGAGGCUGAGGUGCCCACCAGCACUGCCGGGGAAGCGGAGGCCAGCAGUAUGCCCACCGGGGGGCCAGCUCUCUCCUUGUCCACUGAAGAUAUGGGGGAAAGGGUCACUCUGAGUGUAGAUGCUGAAGAAGGCUCGGGAGCCACGGCAGCUGGGGAGGCCGAGGUGCCUGAUAGCGCCACCAACGAAACAGAGGCCGACAGUGUGCCCACAGAGGGAGCGACCCUCUCCAUGGCCGUCCAGGACCCUGGGACAGGGGUUACCCUGGGUGCAGUCGCUGAAGGAAUGUUCACAGCAUCAGCAGCCGCGACGGAAGUGCCCGGCAGCACGUCUGAGGAAGAGGAGGCUCGCCAGGUCCCCACGGGUGGCCUGGUUCUCCUCCCACCCACAGCGGCCCCUGAGCAAGCGGGUGCUCUCGGGCCUGGUGAUGAGGGAGAGCUGGCAGCAGCUGUGACAGCGGAGCCCCUUCCCACGGCUGAGGCUGAGGCGGAAGAGGUGGGCAGCAGCCUCCCGGAGCGGCCCCCGCUGCCCGUACCCACAGUGGCCUCUGAAAGAGGGGUCACUCCGGGUGAAGCUGGGGAGGGGCUUUUUGGCCACCCUGAACCUGCCAGGCCUACUGGACCCACGGUAGAAACUGAGGCCGAGGGCUCCGGCCUGGGCUGGGGCUCCGAAAUUGGGUUUGGCUCUGGGGACUUGGUACGCAGUGAAGAGCUGUUAAGGGGUCCCCCGGGCCCCCCGGGCCCUCCUGGCUCACCUGGGAUUCCAGGAAAACCAGGAACUGAUGUUUUCAUGGGACCCCCUGGAUCGCCUGGAGAGGAUGGAGCUGCUGGUGAACCUGGGCCCCCGGGCCCCGAGGGACAGCCUGGACCUGAUGGAGCCUCCGGCCUUCCUGGGAUGAAGGGAGAGAAGGGAGCAAGAGGGCCUAAUGGCUCCGUUGGUGAAAAGGGUGACCCAGGCAACAGAGGCUUACCAGGACCUCCAGGGAAAAAUGGACAAGUCGGAAGUCCCGGGAUCAUGGGACCUCCAGGGCCUCCUGGACCCCCAGGACCCCCAGGCCCUGGAUGUACAAUGGGACUUGGGUUUGAGGAUACUGAAGGGUCCGGAAGCAUCAGGCUAUUGCAUGAACCGAGAAUCUCCGGACCAGUGGCUCCAAGUGGUCCCAAAGGAGAAAAAGGAGACCAGGGACCCAAGGGUGACAGAGGGAUGGAUGGAGCCAGCAUUGUGGGGCCCCCCGGACCCAGGGGGCCACCAGGUCGCAUCGAGGUCCUGUCUAGUGCUUUGACCAACAUCACCCAUGGAUUCAUGAAUCUCUCGGACAUCCCUGAGCUCAUUGGGCCUCCGGGUCCGGAGGGCAUACCCGGGCUGCCAGGAUUUCCAGGCCCUCGAGGACCAAAGGGUGACACUGGCGUGCCUGGAUUUCCAGGACUAAAAGGAGAACAGGGUGAGAAGGGAGAGCCAGGUGCCAUCCUGACCGGAGACAUUCCUCUGGAACAGCUGCAGGGGAAAAAGGGUGAACCUGGAGUGCACGGAGCCCCGGGACCAAUGGGGCCCAAAGGACCGCCAGGACACAAAGGAGAGUUUGGCCUUCCUGGACGACCUGGUCGCCCGGGACUCAAUGGCCUCAAGGGCGCCAAAGGAGACCGAGGGGUCAUGAUGCCGGGCCCACCUGGCUUACCUGGUCCUCCGGGUCCCCCUGGGCCUCCUGGAGCUGUGAUUAACAUCAAAGGAGCUGUCUUCCCCAUACCAGCCCGGCCGCACUGCAAAACACCGGUUGAUACCACUCAUCCGGGGAAUUCAGAACUUAUCACCUUUCAUGGUGUUAAAGGAGAAAAAGGAUCCUGGGGUCUUCCUGGCUCCAAAGGAGAAAAAGGCGACCAGGGGGCCCAGGGACCACCAGGCCCUCCAGUGGAUCCAACUUACCUGAGACACUUUCUAAACAGCUUGAAGGGGGAGAAUGGAGACAGGGGGAUCAAAGGAGAAAAAGGAGACUCUCACGGUGAUUUCUUGGUGUCAGGGCCUCCAGGCCUGCCGGGAAGUCCUGGCUUGGUUGGCCAGAAGGGGGAGACUGUCAUCGGGCCCCAGGGACCCCCGGGUGCUCCUGGCCUGCCUGGGCCUCCUGGCUUUGGAAGACCUGGUUCCCCUGGGCCACCGGGACCCCCAGGGCCCCCAGGACCACCAGCUAUCCUUGGUGCAGCUGUGGCCCUUCCGGGUCCACCCGGCCCUCCAGGACAGCCAGGGCUUCCGGGAUCCAGAAACCUGGUUACGGCAUUUAGCAGCAUGGAUGACAUGUUGCAGAAAGCACACUUGGUUAUUGAAGGGACAUUCAUCUACCUGAGGGACAGCACUGAGUUCUUCAUUCGGGUCCGAGAUGGUUGGAAGAAAUUACAGCUGGGAGAGCUGAUCCCCAUUCCGGCUGACAGCCCACCGCCCCCUGCCUUCUCCAGCAAUCCACAUCAGCUUCCGCCUCCACGGAUGCCCCUUUCAAGCAUCAGUUACGAGAGGCCUGCGCUGCACCUGGUUGCCCUGAACACGCCAUUUUCUGGGGACAUCCGAGCUGAUUUUCAGUGCUUCCAGCAGGCCAGGGCUGCGGGGCUGUUGUCCACCUACCGAGCAUUCUUAUCCUCCCAUCUGCAAGACCUCUCCACGGUGGUGAGGAAAGCAGAGAGAUACAGCCUUCCAAUAGUGAACCUCAAGGGCCAAGUACUUUUCAACAAUUGGGACUCAAUUUUUUCUGGCCAUGGAGGACAGUUCAAUGCACAGGUUCCAAUAUACUCCUUUGAUGGCCGAGACGUGAUGACGGAUCCUUCCUGGCCCCAGAAGGUCGUUUGGCACGGCUCCAGCACCCACGGAGUGCGUCUUGUGGAUAAGUACUGUGAAGCGUGGCGAACCGCUGACAUGGCAGUUACGGGACUGGCCUCCCCACUGAGCACAGGGAAGAUUCUGGACCAGAAAACAUAUAGCUGCGCUAAUAGGCUAAUUGUUCUGUGUAUUGAAAACAGUUUCAUGACAGAUGCUAGGAAGUAAUGACCUUCCAAUGAUUCCUAAGAGUUUUCCAGUUUUUCUUAUGUGAAGAGUUGACACUGAAAUCUAAAAUGUUUAAAUGUUGUAAAUAUUAGUUUUUUAUUACACAUUCGUCACGACAGCAACCAAAGAAAACAUACCUCAAUACACUCAAAAACUGAAGACAUAAAGGACUCAGAUCAAAAGUAAAAUCUGAUCCAUCUAUUGGUGCUAGAUUCUGCAGGAGACCCCAUGCAGUGUGAACACAUCCCAACACGGUUAAGAGUGAGUUGAAAACAAAGGCCUUGGCAUUCUGUCCACUGCAUCCUUCAGAAAGUAAUUUCCUCCUUUAACCAUUGUUGUUGAGUGUAAGAUGUCCUUCAUGUUUUCUCACAAAGUCAGUGUUUAGACAUGUUACCCUAAGUUAUGUGCCGACCGAAUGCUUUAUUCUUCAUACAUCCAUAAUCUACAGAGAGACCGAACUGCUCAAAUGAUCCUAUUUGUAUUUUCUGAUAUUACCAGACUUUAAUGUUUAUUUCCUAAAAUAUUGCCAUCAUGCUUUAGGAGUUUUAUAUUUUUACACAAUCAUAUUUUAGUAUGGCAUCUGUUUAUAUAACUCUGACUUGCUGGAAAAGUUUAAACUCCAAAUUAUCUGAAACUAGAAAAGAAAUAGCACAUAAUGACUACCUUUCCCUUGGUGGCCCACCCCCCCACCCCCGCCCCCACCCCCACCCCGUCCCCCUGACUUUAUGACUUCCAGGGACAGCUCUCGAAUUACAACUGCUGUUGAACCACCAGGUUCAUGAGGAAGAAUUUUCUGAGACACAUAUAUCUUCAUGCUGUAUACUUUGAUUUUUUUUUUCCAUGUAAGUGAACAUAAAAACAUCUUUUCCAGGCA